AUGGCCGAAAUCAAGAAGAAGAUUAUCGUAGAAGAUUGGACGUUCGUCGUCCGCGUCAAGGUCAAUCCUGGCUGCAAGCGCGACGUCAACAUCGAAAUCUCCGUGCGAGUAGCCGCGAAGCCCACAGUCGACUCCUUCGGACCUACGCCUGAGCAGCGGCCCAAAAGGUUUGAACACGUUCCAUACGCGCUCUCGGACAUGGCGACGCUACAACUUCCGACGUGCUACAUCAGGAAGUACGACUCCUGCUGGGAGCAAGAAGGCGAAACGCAGAGCGAUGGAGACGAGGAGCUCGAGUUCCUGUACCGCCGCCAGAAGGUGGCGAAAACCGCAGCAUCAUCCCAGCAACACGUCCAUGAAAAGAGUUCGAUUUCUGAACUCCCAACAGAGAUCCUCAUGCAAAUCCUGCACUUCCUGCCUCCGCUGGAUAUCAUUCAAAGUGUACAAGCGGUGUCGCAUGCGUGGCAGAGCAUCAGCUGCGACGAAAGCUUCUGGCAUUUAGUCUAUGGGCGGCACGUAGGCAACCCCGACUUCCGUCGUACGUAG